UAUGGCGAUGGUGCACGGUCAGUGUGUGAUCUUUUGUUGACUACGUUGGAGGUGGAUAGUGUCUGAAGUGUUCGAGAGUGUGAUUGUAAUAUAAAUUUAAAGCACAAUGAGUUUCUUUUACAAAAUAUUUGGUGGGAAGAAGGAGUUGGUCCCUAUGACCACGGCCGAAGCGAUACAAAAAUUACGCGAGACAGAGGAUAUGUUGAUAAAAAAACAAGAUUUUCUCGAAACUAAAAUAGAUCUUGAAAUUCAAGUUGCCAAGAAAAAUGGAACAAAAAACAAGAGAGCUGCGAUUCAAGCUCUUAAACGAAAGAAACGAUAUGAAAAACAAUUACAACAAAUCGAUGGCACGUUAUCUACGAUCGAAAUGCAAAGAGAAGCGCUUGAAAGCGCUAAUACAAAUACUGCUGUGCUUACAACGAUGAAGAGCGCAGCAGAUGCAUUAAAAUCUGUUCAUCAAGAUAUGGACGUCGAUCAAGUGCAUGAUAUGAUGGACGAUAUAGCCGAACAACAGGACGUAGCAAGAGAAAUUUCAGAUGCAAUAUCUAACCCUGUCGCAUUUGGUCAAGAUAUAGACGAAGAAGAACUAGAAAAAGAAUUAGAGGAACUUGAACAAGAACAACUUGACAAAGAAUUGCUUGGUAUUGAAUCUACGGAUGAACUUCCAAAUGUACCAGCUACUGCAAUUCCAGCUGCACCAGCCAGGACUCGCACAAAAGCCAAACCAGAAGAGGAUGAUGAUUUAAAAGAAUUAGAAGCAUGGGCAUCGUAAAGUGGUAUCAAAAUGAUUGUAAGAAAUUAAUAGCUAAAAUUAAGUAUGCAUUCUGCAAGAAAUUGAUAAAGUUACAUGAAUCUUUAUUUUCUAGAUUUUAUAUUAUGCAAUUGUUUCAAAGUCAAUAUAGCAGUAUUUUUUCAUGCACAGAUUAAAAACAUUGAUCAAAAUAAUAAUGAAGCUUAUAUAAAGAUAAUUUUGCUUUUUGUGCAUAUAGUGAAUCAUUGACAGAUGAGAAAACUUUAUAAAUAACAGUAAGCAAGUAUUUUACUUGUAUAUAUGCUAGCCUAUAUACUUUGUAAUUACAAUAAAAAUACAAAUUACAACAGACAGGUAUAUAAUUUAUAUUUGCAAUGUAAAAAGUGAUAAUCGUAAACUAUAUUGUUGCUUUUUGAACUUGAAUGUCAUUUUAAUGUAUAUACGCAUAACAAUAUUUUGUAUAAAUGUACCUGCUAUAAAUAAAUCCAUUCGAGCGUAUUGUGUAGUAAUCUAGUAUAACUGCAAGUAAAAGCUGCUAUAUUUUUCACUAAAAAUUCUUAACGUUACAAGCAAUUCGUUCGUUAACAAUUAAAACAUUAUGAAUCCAUACGUUUUUGCUGUAUAAAUAUCAAUGUAACAGUCUUUUUGUAAAUAUCAUAUAAAAUAUUGUAUAUAAAAAAAGAAUAAUCAAAAUUAUACUUGAAAUUUUAAAUUUCAAUUUCUAU